AUGCAACUUGUUGGAAGUGAAGUUUCAGUGGCUCAGUGCAUGAUGAGCAAAAUCACAAGAUCAGACCAGCUCUCCGACAACAACUUGCUGAAGAACAUCGAGCUCUUUGAUAAUCUCUCCCUCCGCUUUAAUGGAAGGGUCCUCUUCAUCAAGGACGUGAUCGGGGACGAGAUCUGCUGCUGGUCUUUCUACGGGCAGAGCCGGAAGCUGGCCGAGGUCUGCUGUACCUCCAUCGUCUAUGCCAUGGAGAAGAAGCAAACCAAGGUCGAAUUCCCUGAGGCCCGCAUCUACGAGGAGACGCUGAACGUCUUGCUGUACGAGACCCCCCGGGUGCUGGACAACUCCCUGCUGGAGGCCACGAGCUGCAGCUGCAGCCAGGCUGCUCUGAGUGAAGGUGAUGAGGGCUUUGAGCUUCGCGACCGGGUGCAAUGCAUCCAUGUGAAGCGCUACAGCACGUACGACGACCGGCAGAUCGGCCACUAA